GAAGAAAAUCUUGUUUUGAUCUCGAAUGUCGGUCACCUUCCACUUCUAUGUAAUCCCCAAAAUCUGCAAUUUACGAAGAGCAGGGUUCUCAAAUCUCCAUUAAAUCUCAAUCCCACUAUCUACAAACCCAGAGCUUCUCAGUUUGAAUAAAAAUGGAGGAACAAUUUAUACUGAGAGUGCCACCUUCUGUUGCUGAACGUAUAGAUCGUCUUUUAAAUGAGAGUGGCUCAGAGUCAAUGGAUUUAUCAUUCUCAGAUGGAAGGAGUGGGGCAUUUAUUAUAGGUGAAGACCAUUUUCCUGCAUCUCUUUUAGACCUUCCUUGCAUUGUGGAGUCUUACAAGACUUAUGAUGACAAUGUUUUGAUUAAAACUGCAGAUGUUGGCCAAAUGAUUAUGGUGAGAGAUGACGGUGAUCCUCCACCAGAGGUGGUGGAGCACCGCCAUGGGCUUACACCGCCCAUGAGAGAUGCUCGAAGGCGGAGGUUCCGUAGGGAGCCGGAUUUGAAUCCUGAGCUUGUUAGACGAGUAGAGAAGGAUCUGCUAAACAUCAUGAAUGGUUUUCUUAAAGUACAAUGCCUUAAUAAGAAAAAACAUAUGGAAAUGGGCGAGCAAGAGGAAAUUGGUAGGAAGAAAGCGGGACCCGUGCGUGUGGAAAAACCUGAUGUUUCGCAGGCUGGAACAAAUGCUGCUGAGCCUGAGAGAAGCGAUAGUGAUGAGUCUGAUGAUUCUAUGUAG